CCAGCCUGCAUCUGUCCAUAUCAGCUGUACAUACCUGCUUCGCUCAGCUGCAUCACCAUCAUUGUACUUAUAGUCUUCUUUUGUGUUUUUUAUCCUCUUGAGUAUACAUGAAAAAAAUAGAGACUCGAUAGCUUUCGUGUGACUACAAAAAUUUAUUUUUGCACCCUUUUUUUGUGCGACUGUUUUUUAUAAGUCUACCCCUAAAUGGCCGAAAAUGCCAAGCGGACGAGGGUUUACCUGGGAUACGAGGAUGAGUUUAUCGUCGAGAAGCACCGCAGUCUCGUUAAUUUCACAACAAACAAGAUUGGAGGCAGGCCGGACUGGCCUCGCGAACAAAUAAAAUUAAAUGCACCACAAUGCAGGCUGUGUGGUUUGCAUCAGCUGUUGACAUUGCAAAUAUAUGCUCCACUAGAGGGUUCUAAAUAUCACAGGACAUUGUACAUAUUUGCCUGUGUAAAUCCAAAUUGUUGGAAUCAAAAUGAAAGCUGGACAUGCUUAAGAGUUCAAUCGAUGGAACAAACUACGAGCUGUACAGAUUCAAGUUCCUGCCCAACAAUGGUACAUACUAGUGCGACCAGUUGGCUGGCAGAGGCGGAUGAUUGGGAUGAUAACAACUGGAAUGACAAUAUUUCAGAGAGAAAUGGUAACAAUUUAUUUGCAACCGAAGCCGACAAAUUCGGUCUGUUCAACAAAAAAACUAACAAUACCUACUACGAGGAUGAACUCAGAGCUGAUUUCUCGGAACUACAAGUUGAUGAUCCUAAUGCAAACAGCCCAACAAGCGUGGAGUCGCCAGUAGGUGUUGGUGCGGUCGGUCGGCUAGAUUCACCUCACGCCUCGGCCGAAAUUGAAGGCGAGGAGAGCGAGGUCGUCUGCAUCGACACACCGAUACAGCCGCAUUGCGAUUUGUUGAGUCUAUUGCAAGAAGUGACACCACCACCUGUGCUACAGCACGGCGAAGCCUCAGCUGUCGCCAAGAAGCAGUUGAGUUUCGUCGAGAUGUUUGUCUCGGUGGACGAGGAGUACGACGAGUCCCAGGUAACGCAGCACGUGAGAGAUCUGUUUUUGGAGUAUCAGCGAGCUAAUCCUGAUAGCGAAGCAGAUACCAUGGAUGACUGUGCAAAGAACUAUGAUGGUGGUGAGAAGGAAAAAUACGAAAAAACCAUUCCCAAGCACGGAGAUGAAAUGUUCCAUAACUUUGUUAGCAGGAUACAAAAAAAUCCUGGGCAAGUUUUGAGGUACGCAAGGGAUAAUUUAGCGCCACUUCUGUUGUACCCAAUGGGUGGCUGCAUUGGCAGGUGUAGGCAUUGUGGAGACGAGAUGAUUUUUGAAGUUCAAAUACUACCUACUCUCAUACCCAAGCUUAAACUUAGCUCUCGAAGUGAGCGUAACUUCCAGCUCGAGUUUGGUACGGUUCUAAUAUUCACUUGCGCGAGGAGUUGCUGGUCUUCAACGGAUUCCUACAGAGAAGAGCAUGUGAUUGUUCAAGCUGAGAAGUUGUAGUUGUUGUUGGUGAUCUAGAGGAUUUCAAAGUUGAUAAUCUUGUAUAAAAUAGAGACGGUAAUGAAAAUUUUAACGACACGUAAUCAAUUUUUCGUAGAAUAAAAUGUUAAAUAAUGUAGAGGAGAUAGGUACCGUCCAUCGUUUGGCGUGUGUAAUCACACUCAUUACUCGUGAUUCAUAGAGUUGGACGAGUUUUUCUCCGUGGCUAAAAAUUGUUAAUUUUUUUUUUCGUAGAUUCGUUUUAUUUGUAUAAACGUACACUAUGCUUGUAAAGUGCAUUUUCUUUUGAUAUUACUAAUGUUUUUGUUGAUGUUAGUAUGGUAGUUAGAUCUUACGAAAAUUUUUAACUUUUCAACUUUAGACAUAUAAUUAACUAAUUUGUGCUAUUCAAGUGGGAUGAUUCAUGCAACUCUAACCAAUUACAAAAAUUAUAUUACAUACAAGUGAUUGGGUACUGUCAUUCCUGGAUAUAAAUUUAGUAUUAUGUCGAUAAAUUAGCUUAAAUUUUUGCGUUAUAAAAAAAAAUGCAGAGAUUAUUUUUAUUUCUUGAAUACUUUAAAAAUCAAAAGAAAGUACAUCAAUAUAGAUAUAUGUAGCACUUAUUAAUUCCAAAGCAAGAAAUUUUUAUAAAUGUAUGUUUCUUUAACUUAAUAAUGUUGUGCAUUUCUCGUCAAUUUCAACUCUCAACUCGCUUUGACAAAGCGUAAUAAAUGUUAGUAAAGCAAAGUGAUAUCAUUAAAUGCAAUAGCGACCUGAUACUGACAGAGACGUAAAAUAAAUGACGAUUAUUGAAUGAAAA